AUGGGGGAGCAGCCUAUUUUCACGUGCAAGGCGCACGUGUUCCACAUAGAUCCGAAGACGAAGCGCUCAUGGAUGUCUGCCAGUUCGGCUGCGGUGUCUGUGUCCUUCUUCUAUGACUCCUCAAGGAACCUCUACAGGAUAAUCAGCGUGGAAGGCACUAAGGCGGUGAUCAACAGUACCAUAACAGCAAACAUGACGUUCACCAAAACGUCCCAGAAGUUUGGUCAGUGGAGCGAUGUUAGAGCCAAUACUGUGUACGGCCUUGGCUUUGCUUCAGAGGCUGAACUUGGCAAGGUGGGUUUCUCAAAAAUUAGAUUGGAAACCUACAAUAGUUUGCAACUGGGCCUCUCUUACGAGGUGUAA